AUGGCGAACACGACACAUGUAGAGGUUGCCAAGAAGCUCCUGGUGAAUGCAAACGCGCGCAUAUUCGACCUCGAGUGCCGCCUUGCCGAGCAAGAAAAUGUCGCGGACGAUCUCAAGAAUGAGCUGAGCCAGCUGAAGAGAACAGCACCUCAGCAGAAGAAGCAGAAGCGCAAGCACAGCGCCUUGGAGUCCGAGCAUGAGAGUGUCACCGAUGAUCCCUUCUCCGACUAUAACGAACUCUCCCCAGGCGCGCACCAUUCCGGUCUCUCCGAGAGAUAUCACGAAACCCGCGCGAAGAGACCAAGACACUCCUCCAACAUCGAGCGGUCUCUACGCCAACAACUAGCCCACUCUGAGCUUCAACUCUCGUGGCAGAUCGAAGAGACGAAUAUUGCAAAGAGACGUCUACACCUUGCCUUGACUGCUCCUCCCGCAACAACAUCCGAGACAUCCGCUGGAAGCCCACCACAGAGCCCACAGUACGAUUCCUCCGCCACGCUCUCGUCAGAGCGCUAUACUCCCUUCUCGCCCACGGGUCAUGGUCCACGCAGCAUGUCCCCGGAGUUCUAUCCCACAUCUCCGCCAUACGGCACCCAAUCCCCAGACUACGACGCGGAGAACGGUGCACGCAGCAUGACGCCAUGGUUUUCUCCUACCUCUCCGCCAUACGGCACUCAAUCUCCAGAAUACGACGCCGACAACGGUUCGCGCAGCAUGUCCCCGGAGUUCUUUCCCACMUCUCCACCAUACGGCGUCCAAUCCCCAGAAUACGACGCCGACAACGAUUCACGCAGCAUGACCCCGGAGUUCUCUCCCACCUCUCCGCCAUAUGGCUCGCUAUCACCAGACUACGACGCCGAGAACGGUGCACGCAGCCCGACUCCAGAAUUCUCUCCCACCUCCCCACCAUACGGCACUCAAUCCCCAGAAUAYGACGCCGAGAACGGUGCACGCAGCAUGACCCCGGAGUUCUCUCCCACCUCUCCGCCCUAUGGCUCGCUAUCACCAGACUACGACGCGUAA